AUGCCGGCGCCCGGCCGGGGCCCCCGAGGGCCGCCGCUGACCAUGUCCGGGCGUCCGGAGGCGCGGCGCGAGCCGGCCGGCUGCGGCUCCUGCCUGGGGGCUGCGCUGGCCCUGCUGCUGCUGCUGCUGCCCGCCUGCUGCCCGGUGCGGGCGCAGAACGACACGGAGCCCAUCGUGCUGGAGGGCAAGUGCCUGGUGGUGUGCGACUCCAGCCCGUCGGCCGACGGCGCCGUCACCUCCUCGCUGGGCAUCUCCGUGCGCUCCGGCAGCGCCAAGGUGGCCUUCUCCGCCACGCGCAGCACCAACCACGAGCCGUCCGAGAUGAGCAACCGCACCAUGACCAUCUACUUCGACCAGGUAUUAGUAAAUAUUGGCAACCAUUUCGACCUUGCCUCCAGUAUAUUUGUAGCACCAAGAAAGGGGAUUUAUAGCUUCAGCUUCCACGUGGUCAAAGUGUAUAACAGACAAACCAUUCAGGUCAGUUUAAUGCAAAACGGCUACCCGGUGAUCUCGGCGUUUGCAGGCGACCAGGAUGUCACCAGAGAGGCUGCUAGCAAUGGUGUCCUACUGCUCAUGGAAAGGGAGGACAAAGUGCAUCUCAAACUGGAGAGGGGCAACCUCAUGGGGGGCUGGAAGUACUCCACGUUCUCUGGCUUCUUGGUUUUUCCUCUAUAGACUCAGAGCCCCCUUGAUGGUGGGGAAGUUGCGAUGUGGACCCAGGAAUCCACCCUCUGUAACAUCCUGAACUCGGAAUAGGACAACUUGCUUCCAGCCUCCUCCAGACCUCGUGGUAGAAGAAUGACUUCCUUCCGAAUCUCCAGCAUUUUCUUUGAAUACUGACAGUUCCUUGGGAACCUGGCCUCUAAUGAGUUUUAGAUGACAAGGUUUUAAGGAGAAAUGAGAUUAUCGAUUUGAGCAAUUUGUACCUGUGAUUGUAAAGUCAAUAUCGGAUUUUCUUGUUGGGGACCAUUGACUUGAUCUCCUUUUGUUUGUACUUUGUGUUGUUGUUCUGAUGCGAGGAGUGCCACUGAGCCCAGGAUAGAGGGCAGGUUGCAGCAGGGCUCAAAGCCAGAGCCCCGCAAGGAGCCACCUGCCGGGCAGUCCUUGACAUGUGUUCUGUGUGUGUCCAUAGAGCCUCAAGAAAAGGAAUGGCUUCCCUUUCAGUCUGUAUUUUCCCGCCCCUGGGUGGAUGUGAGGACGGGGGAGGGGGUUGGGACAUUGUGAACCUGUCAAGAAGUGCUUUAUCCAGAGAAGCAAAUUUUGCACGAUUGGACUGCAACUUCUGUUUCGUAUUGUUUGUGUUUUUUUUUUUUUUUUUUCCUCAGCUUUGCUUUUCUUUCCACAUUGAUCUCUUCCUCUUCACCCCAAUUUUACUUUUCAUGUUGGGGUCAGGGAAAGUAAAUAUGUAUUGAAUUCUUGAAUGAGACCAAAUCCAAACCCUAAAAAACAAAUAGCUACAUAUUUUGUUUUGAAUGAGACCAAACGAAACCAAACAAUCUGUGUAUCAAAGUAAACGUAGCAAAUGGACAAUUCUGCGUAUUCUUUCAAAGACAUUGUCCCAGAUGCGUCAUUAGAAGUAGCAGCCUGGAUUUUAUGUCCUUUGUUUAUUUUUAAUUUACACUCCGGAAUCCUUUAAGAACCUGGUGUUCCUGGGUGGGCCUGCACUGUCUGAGUUAAGAGUGGAAGCUGUAAAACCAAACCCUCUGCAGCUGCUGUUCCCUUGCCGAGUGCGCCCCUGACUUCUCGGCGUGUUUUCGUUCGUUGGAUCUGCCUCUGAGUGAUGGCACAGAGAUCAGGUGCUUCAGGGACCGAAGGACCAGCACCCCUUCUAGGGAUGCUCCUUUGAUCUGCCAAGGGAAGGAAUAUGUUGACACUCAGCUGCCGGUACCUGGCGGGAGGCCACCUGGAAGGCACAGCGGUUAAAGGUAUUGGCUGAGGAACCGGAGGAGUGGUUUUACAAACCCAUCUUGCUUUGGCACCUUGUGCGACAGUGUUGUUGAGACACAGCUGAGAGCUGGUGGGUGCGGGAUGCAUAUGCCAAGGAAAUGUCAUUGAUUCCAAAGCAAUCAAAGAUGAAACCUCAAACCGGAUGUUAAUUUGUCCUUUGUGUAACAAUGUAACCAAAAUAUUGAUGAUAAAAAGUCAUAAUUUAAGAUUCUGAAUAAAUAGGUUUGAUGUCUGGCUUGCUCUUAUCCCUCCACAUCGCCCCCGCACUCUGAACGCGAGUGGGAGUCGCAGCCAAUAUCGAGCACGUGGGGUAUACAAGUACACAUCCAGAUAGGGCAAAUGAGCCGAGGCUCUGGACAGAAAAUGUACGUUGUAUGGAGAGGGAGCCGGCUUUUGACACCCAGCAUCUUUGAUGCUAUGUGAGUUCCUAUACAGCAUUUCAGUCUGACCUCUGAGAUAAAGGAAACUGGCAUUUGAAGAUGGCAAUUGUCCCCAAGAGUCUGUGUGAGCAUGGGGAGUUGCUGGAUUCCAUCUCCAAGUCAGAGUGGCAGUGAUGCUUAGAGAAAUGAAAAGCGGAUAGCUUAAUUAAGAGUCAAAGUUGUGCAGCAUAGCAGGAUGCAGGAUUUAAUUUGGAUGUAAAUGUUGUUACAUUUUGUUAGGAAAAGAAAAUUAAAAAAAUUUUUGAGGUUCAUGGGCUCUGUGAUUAGGAGACACACUUUUGGACAUGGGCAUUGUUUAUUGAUGCUGCUAACAAAGAGGAGGGUGCUAUAGUGCAUUUUCUGUGUUCUAUUGCACUUGGUUAUUUUAGUGUUUUACCCAUUUCCUUAGCAUUAUGGUCAAUGUAAAACAAAUAGAAACCUCAUUAGAGUGUAAAGUAGUACU